AUGGAUGAAGAAAUCAGGAGCUUCAUCAAGGUAUGGAUUAUAGCCAUAACAAGCCUUUGUUAUUGCUACUACAUAUCAGCAAGAAUUCCAAAAGGAAUGAGAAGGCUAAUUUCUCUUCUUCCAAUCCUUUACAUCUUCAUUAUUCUCCCCUUGGAUCUCCACACCUUCCAUCUUGGUGGUCCCACAGCCUUCUUUCUAGUCUGGCUCGGCCUCUCAAAGCUCCUCCUUUUCUCCUUUGACCAAGCCCCUCUCUCUCCACUCCCAACAAACCUCUUCCAUUUCAUCUCCAUUGCUUGUCUUCCCAUCAAAAUCACACAAAACCCACCUCCAAAUAGUGUUACUAAGGCUGGUUCCAGAGUGCCCAGGUCAGUUUUGAUGGCUAUAAAGGUAAUUUUACUGGCAUUGAUUGUCAAAGCGUACGAGUAUAGACCAUAUUUGCCCUCCUACACAACUCUAUUGUUGUACUGUUGUCAUAUGUAUUUGGGCAUAGAGAUUACACUAGCCCUCGCAGCCCUUCCGGCCCAAACCCUCUUGGGCUUCGAGCUCGAACCGCAGUUCAACGAGCCAUACCUCACAACUUCACUCCAAGACUUUUGGGGCCGAAGGUGGAACCUCAUAGUCUCAAGCAUCCUAAAGCCCACAGCUUUCCACCCGGUGCGGAGUUUAUUCUGCCUGAUACUCGGCCCAAAGUGGGCCCAUUUAGCAGGUGUCUUAUGGGCCUUUACGGUAUCGGGCCUGAUGCACGAUGCCAUGUACUAUUACAUCACGCGGGCCCGGCCCACUUGGGAGGUGACCAUAUUCUUUGUGCUUCAAGGGGUGUGCACGGCGGUGGAGAUGGCGGUGAAGAGGGAAGUCGGUGAGAAAUGGCGGUUGAGCGGGGCGGUCUCCGGGGGGUUGGCAUUGGGGUUCUUGAUUGUUACGGGGAAUUGGUUGUUCUUCCCUCAGUUGUUGCGAAACGGUGUGCACGAAAAGACUAUAAAGGAGUAUGCCAUCAUGGUUGACUUUAUCAAAAAAAUAGUGAGAUUGUGCGGUUGGCGCGUGAUCUAG